AUGUGGAAGGCCGAGCGCCGCAAGCACGAGGAGCGCGAGCGUGAAGAGCGCGAAGAGCGCCAGCGCAAGGAGCAGGAGCGGCUGCACCGCGAGGAGCUCAGGCGCGAAGCUGUAGGGCGUGGAAGAGCUUGCAUUCAGGGCUUAAGGGUCAAAAGCUUGUUAAGCGGCGUUACUGUCGGAUGGCUGAUGGUACUUGUAGCAUCUUCAGCAGCCGCGGGAUGCUCUGAGCCUGUACGACAUGAUCUUCGAUUUGGCUCACAGCUUGGAGCCAUGGUUCAGUACAAGAUCCUUGGGCCAGGCAUUCAGCCAGCCAGCCAAACACCGGCACAGACAGAGCUGCGCAUUCAUGGCACAGAUGAAGUGCUUGUCGUGCCGGUGGUCACCAGCACCAAGGUGCUGGAGCUCAAAGAGAUGCUAUCCAUGAAGCUGGGCAUCUACCCCAAUGAACUGCAGAUCUUCACAAGGGCGGGUGGCUAUUGGCGGCUGCAGAUGGAUCACGAGGAGAUAGGAAGAAAAGUCCGCGUGAAAGGCAUCAAGUCCUUCACACCCGAGCGGGCCAAGUACGAGCACCCUUUCCUGAUCAUCGGUGCAGGGCAUAUUGGACUGCGGCAUGGCAUCUACUUACUCCAGCAUGAUCAUCCUAACUUCGUUAUCGUGGAUCGCAGGGACAAGGUUGGUGGGACCUCAUGGAUCGCGCAGGCCAACAAGACGUCGAAGCUACAAACCGAGCUUGGCACAUACCACUUACAAUACGACGAGAUCAACCCCGUGCCGAAAAACAUGUCCACUUGGCCUUCGCGCGAUGAACUGCUGGACCACUUCGCUCAGGUCUCGUCUGAACACGGACUCAUGCCCCAUAUCCAGCUCCAAAGCAACGUAAAAAGUAUCAGCGUGAACGGGACAAGCUCGGCCAGCGGACCUUUGGGAGAUGCGAGCCUCGAGGCAACGGAGAACUACACCGGCAACCUGCUCCCUGAACCCACAGGGAAGGGUCUGAAGAGCAUGAAGGUGAGCUGUGUCUUCAUGUAUCCGGGAAACUUAUCUCUUCCACGGCAAUACGAGUACAAGGGGGAGGAUGUCUUUGAUGGGACGAUCGAGUAUGCCAUGUUCGAUAACAUCGAUUACAGUGUAGCUGUCACAGGAAAAGAUAUCAUGAUCGCCGGGCAUGGUGCCUUUGGCGUAGAGAACAUCCGCACGUGCUGCGAGUUUUCUUCGAAGAAGAUCUACAUGGUCUGCCGCAGGAAGAAUCUCGCCUGCCCUCGGAGCAUGGAGCCCGCUUACAAUCUCAUUGGCUUCGACCCGUGGAGCUUCCAUUCGGUUAUCGCCAACUCGGCAAGGACCAACGCACAUAUCGCCCAGAAUAUGGGGAAGUGUGAGGUGAUUGUCGACGAGGUAAAGCGACUUUCUCCGGGGAAGGUCCACCUUGAAUCUGGAAGGGAGCUCUCGGUACAGACAAUUCUCAAAGUUUUCGGCUUUGUAGGAGACUUUGAGGUUGACCGACUGCUAAAGAUCAAGACCAUGUAUGGCUUCUGGCCUGAUGCCGACAACCGCCGAUAUACCGCCAGUGAGCAUCCGGGAGUUCAUGCCAGCAACUUUGGCGGCACCAGCCUUUCUCCAGGUGCGAUCGGUUGGGUGCAACAUGCAAGCCACAUGAUGUGGUUCCCCAAAGACUGGCACAGAGUGGUUGAGUCCCAACAGCUGCCCAGCAAUGAACGGGACGAUGCGAUAUCUCGGCCAGCCUACGUCUUCGACGCCAAGACUGCGCUCCCCUUGGGCUUCAUCCUGCCUGCGAUCUGCCCGGCGCUGGGCGAGAUGCAGGCGGGACUCGGCGCGCUGAAGCGAAGGAAGCAGCUCGAAUGCCAUCCCCUGGAGCGAUUCCUCGAGGAGUGCGAAAGUGAGUGGGAGGACUAUGCCCGGAAGAAGAGCGAAGAAGAAAAGAGGCCCGGCUGGCAGAUCUCUUCUCAGGGUCCAAGAAGAUCGGGAGUUGAAGACCGCCUCCCGGCCCCGCACCCGCGCAUGCUUCCCGACAGGCUCUUCGCGGCCCCUGCCCCAGUCGCGCCGGAUGCCCCGGACGUGUACAGCGAUGACGAUGUGGAUGAUGAUUUCGAGGUGCAAGUCGUGGACUUGGACACGCUGGAUGUCGAAGACUUCGUCAUCGUUCGAGAUCGGAACUUGUGA